AUGGAUUUUUUGCAGGAACUUCCUGAACAGAUAUUUCGGGACAUCUUACUAAGACUGCCAUACAAAUCUCAAUCAAAUAUUAAGAGGUUAUUGAAACCUGCCAGAAGAUUGAUGGAAAGCUUCCAUUUUUAUAAAGACAGAAUUAAGUUUGGACUGACUAAGAAAUAUAUAUGUUUUCUGGAGAAGCCCAAUCGGACAUCUAGACACAAUUCUAUAAGGAUAUCUAUAUACGAUCCUGUCGAUCAAUCAUAUAAAAGGCUUCCUCGUUUUCACAGACUUCCUGAAGUUUCCUAUAUCAUAAAUGUGAAUCAUAAGAUUGUUCUACUGGGCGCGGAACGUGAUAUUAAUCCAAUAUUAAUUAUAUAUGAUUUAUUAUCUAAUACAUGGAAGUAUGGUGCUGAAUUUCCCAUCCCCACACCUAGCGGCCUAGGGUUUGCAUGUUGUGCCUCACCUGAUGGAUCCAUUUACAUUGCAGGAGGAUUAGCCAGGUCUGGUCUUUCUCUUGGAAUGCGUGAAGCAGCAGUUUAUAAAGUAGAUGAAGACAGGUGGGAGAUUCUUCCUAAGAUGUACUAUGGAAUGUACAGCUGUAGGGGUGUUUUUAUUGAAGGAAUGUUUUAUGUCUUGAGUUUACGAAAUCUUGGAUGUCAAAGAUUUGAUCCCAGAACAAGAAAAUGGACAAUGAUGUUUGAUAUGUCUUUGCCUAGUCUAUGCUGUAAGGUUCUCUAUGCGUUUGGAAGACUAAUUGCGUAUGGAAUCAAAGGAAUAAUGCAAUAUGAUUGGCAAGGAAGGAUAUGGAGAGAAUUGGACCCAAUCCCUGGAAACCUUUCUUUCAGUUCUCGUGCCACAGUGUGGUGUGAUCGAAUUUUCUUUUGCGGAAGUUUUGGUAUCCUUCGUAUGUAUAAACCUGGAGCACCUUCCUCUGAGAGGUGGAUUUCUCUUGACGUACCCAACAAUUUUUUGGAAAUGAAUGUCGUAUCUAUUACCACCAUAGAAAUUUAG